GAAGUCCACCCAAGCAGCAUCUUUUUGAGACAUCCCUCUCCAAGGUUCUGAAAUCUGCCUUCCCAAGCAGCGUCACGUGACUUCAACCAGCACUGCCUAGCUCAGCAACAAGCCAAUUGGUUUCUGGAGAUUUGAUGUGAGAGAAACGGACCUCGAACCCCCUUCCCUCGCAUCUUGCGUCUGUGACUCUUUUAUCGUCUUCCUCCUCUCUUUUUUUUCUCCCCACCCUCCCCUCCCAGCCGGACAAUGAGGACCCCUAAAGCGCCAGGAGUAUGACAAAACAUUCUAGGAUGCUGGACUUGCGCUCCUCGCUUUUGUUCAUCCCGUUUUAGUUAAAUGCCAACACGGUGAAUGCGUCGGACGGAGUGGACGAGCCCGCUGCCAGAGGUCCGCAUUCAGAAAGUCAACAUCGUGUCCUUCUUUAUCUGACUUCAGAAGGAUGUAACGACUGAGCCAGCCUUGUGCGGCUGGAGCGUCCUCAUCAAAAUGCAAAAAGGAAUACGACUCAAUGAUGGGCAUGUCACCUACCUGGGGCUUUUGGCAAAGAAGGAUGGUACAAGGCGAGGGUGCUUGAGCAAAAAGAGCUCAGACAACACAAAAUGGCACACAAAGUGGUUUGCUUUGUUGCAGAACAUGCUCUUUUAUUUUGAGAACGAGUCCAGCUCUCGACCCUCGGGAUUAUACCUGUUGGAGGGGUGCUUAUGCGACAGGGCGCCUUCCCCAAAACCUUCACUGUCGGCCAGGGAGUGUUUGGAAAAGCAGUACUAUUUCACUGUCAGCUUCACCCACGAAAACCAAAAGGCACUUGAGUUGCGAACAGAAGACGUAAAAGACUGCGAUGAAUGGGUGGCAGCUAUUUCACAUGCCAGUUACAGAAACUUAGCCACCGAGCAUGAGACUCUCAUGCAGAAGUAUCUUCAUCUGCUUCAAAUUGUGGAGACUGAGAAAACAGUUGCUAAGCAACUUCGACAACAGAUAGAGGAUGGGGAGAUAGAGAUUGAAAGGCUGAAGUCAGAGAUUGCUGGGCUGCUCAAAGAUAAUGAGAAGAUCCAUGCCAGCCCUGCAGCUGCCCCUUCCGAUGAUGACUCAGAAAUCAAGAAGAUCAAAAAGGUCCAGAGCUUUUUGCGAGGCUGGAUUUGCAGGAGGAAGUGGAAGACCAUCAUCCAGGAUUACAUCCGCUCACCUCAUGCAGAGAGCAUGAGGAAGAGGAACCAGGUGGUGUUCAGCAUGUUGGAUUCAGAGGCAGAGUACGUCCAGCAGCUUCAUAUCCUGGUGAACAAUUUCCUGAGGCCACUACGUAUGGCUGCCAGCUCUAAGAAGCCACCCAUCACCCAUGAUGAUGUCAGCAGCAUAUUCCUCAAUAGUGAAACCAUUAUGUUCCUACAUCAGAUAUUUUACCAAGGUCUGAAAGCCAGAAUAGCAAGUUGGCCAACAUUAGUGCUGGCUGAUCUUUUUGACAUUUUGCUGCCCAUGCUCAACAUCUACCAAGAGUUUGUGAGGAACCACCAGUACAGCCUGCAGAUCCUGGCUCACUGCAAACAGAAUCGGGACUUUGACAAGCUACUGAAGCAGUAUGAGGCUAAACCCGACUGUGAGGAAAGGACUCUGGAGACUUUUCUCACCUACCCUAUGUUCCAGAUUCCCCGCUACAUUCUUACUCUCCACGAGCUUCUGGCCCACACGCCCCAUGAGCACAUAGAGAGAAACAGCCUGGACUAUGCCAAAUCCAAGCUGGAGGAGCUUUCCAGAAUAAUGCACGAUGAAGUGAGUGAGACUGAGAACAUCAGGAAGAACUUGGCAAUAGAGCGCAUGAUCAUAGAGGGCUGUGAAGUCCUCCUUGACACCAGCCAGACGUUUGUAAGACAAGGGUCGCUUAUUCAGGUGCCAAUGAGUGAGAAGGGCAAGAUCACCCGUGGGCGACUGGGCUCGCUGUCUCUAAAGAAGGAGGGAGAGAGACAGUGCUUUCUCUUCUCCAAGCAUUUAAUCAUCUGCACCAGGGGUUCUGGAGGAAAGCUUCAUCUCACCAAGAAUGGAGUAGUCUCACUUAUAGACUGCACUCUUAUGGAGGACCCAGAGGGGACAGAUGAUGAGUCUAAAUCAGACAAGAGUGGACAGGACAUGGAGCACCUUGACUUUAAAAUCGUUGUGGAGCCAAAGGAUUGUCAGUCAUUCACGGUCAUCCUGGUGGCAUCCUCGAGGCAGGAGAAGUCUGCCUGGACCAGUGACAUCAGCCAGGCACGUCAACACACAUCACCAUCUCAGGCAUGCAUCGACAACAUCCGCUGCAAUGGCCUGAUGAUGAACGCCUUUGAAGACAACUCCAAAGUCACAGUGCCUCAGAUGAUCAAGUCAGAUUCCAGUCUGUACUGCGAUGACGUGGACAUUCGCUUCAGUAAAAUGAUGAACUCCUGCAAAGUGCUUCAAAUCCGCUACGCCAGCGUUGAGCGUCUGCUGGAGAGACUCACUGAUCUUCGCUUUCUUUCAAUUGACUUCCUCAACACCUUCCUGCACUCCUACCGCGUGUUCACCACAGCUGAUGUGGUGCUAGAUAAACUCAUCACUAUCUACAAGAAGCCCAUCAGUGCCAUCCCUGCUCGGUCUCUGGAGUUAUUCUUUGCGAGCAGUCAGAACAAUAAACUCCUGUAUGGGGAGCCUCCCAGCUCUCCCAGGGCUAGCAGAAAGUUCUCCUCCCCACCUCCCCUUGCCAUUGCCAAGAACUCAUCCCCCAAUCGUCGCCGAAAACUCUCUCUCAACAUCCCCAUCAUCACUGGGGGCAAAGCUCUUGACCUGGCUGCCCUCAGCUGCUCCUCAAAUGGCUAUGCAAGCAUGUAUUCCUCCAUGUCCCCAUUCAGCAAGACCACCUUGGACAUCAACAAACUCUAUGUGUCCAGCCCUAUCGCAAGCAAAAUCUCAGAUGAAGGAGAGGAUAAGAAGGAUAAAGCUGAGGAUACCUCUGUGUGCAAGCAAGAUCUUUCUGUACGGGAAGAAAGUGAUAAUGAUCAAAACCAGAGUGAUGACGGUGAAGCAGAAGCAUCUCCCACAAAGUCUCCAACCACACCAAAAAACGUCAAAUGCAAAAACUCUUCAGAGUUCUCUCUGUUUUCGUACAACAAUGGCAUGGUAAUGUCCUCUUGUCGAGAGCUCGACAGCAACCGCAGUGCUCUGUCGGCUGCCUCUGCCUUUGCAAUCGCCACAGCAGGAGCCAACGAGGGCACCCCUACCAAGGAGAAGUAUCGACGGAUGUCCCUUGCAAGCACAGGUUUUCCAACUGAUCAGAGAAAUGGAGAUAAAGAGUUUGUGAUUAGAAGAGCUGCGACCAACAGAGUCCUGAAUGUGUUGAGGCACUGGGUGUCAAAACACUCUCCGGACUUUGAGAGUAACAAUGAGCUGAAGACAAAAGUCAUUGCCUUCCUUGAGGAAGUGAUGCAUGACCCUGAGCUCUUAACCCAAGAGAGAAAAGCUGCAGCCAACAUUAUCAGGACUUUAACUCAAGAGGAUCAUGGUGACAGUCAGAUCAACUUAGAAGAUGUGACACAACUGGUUGGAGGGGGGAGGGGCGAGCCUUUUGAGAGCCACUCUGCGUUGGAAAUUGCAGAGCAGCUCACUCUGCUUGACCACCUAGUCUUCAAAGACAUCCCCUAUGAAGAAUUCUUUGGCCAAGGCUGGAUGAAGAACGACAAAAAUGAAAAGACGCCGUACAUCAUGAGGAACACAAAGCACUUCAAUGAUAUAAGUAACCUGAUUGCCACGGAAAUCCUUCGGUGUGAUGAUUUGUCCUCUCGAGUAGCUGUGAUUGAGAAAUGGGUGGCCGUGGCUGACAUAUGCCGCUGUUUGCAUAACUACAACGCUGUGCUGGAGAUCACAUCUUCCCUCAACCGCAGCUCUGUUUUCCGUCUCAAGAAAACAUGGCUGAAAGUUUCCAAGCAGACAAAAGCAUUGAUUGACAAGCUGCAAAAGCUGGUUUCUUCAGAGGGGAGGUUCAAAAACCUGAGAGAGGCUUUGAAAAACUGCGAUCCUCCCUGUGUGCCGUACCUGGGGAUGUACCUCACUGACCUGGCUUUCAUUGAGGAGGGAACGCCAAACUACACAGAAGACAACUUGGUCAAUUUUUCAAAGAUGAGGAUGAUUUCACACAUCAUCAGAGAAAUCCGGCAGUUUCAACAAACAGCAUACAAGAUUGAUCUGCAACCAAAGGUAGCCCAGUAUCUACUGGACAAUAGCUCUGUUCUGGAUGAAGAAAGCAUGUAUGAGGCCUCACUCAGAAUUGAGCCUAAAGUGCCCAACUGAUAAGGAGGGUGGUGCUCAAUAGUACUCAUCAGUUCACAGUGAUGCUAACAUUUGUAUAGCUGUACAUUUUUAAGAUAUUUGCUCUUCUGUAUAGUAGAUGUUUAAGGUUGUUUGAAGACACAAAACAUUUAGUGUAUAGUUUUCUGUUUGUGGCCAUGAUGACACCUGUUUAAAAGAUUUUCUUUUGAUUUCUUUGGCAUAAUUUAAGAAUAAUAAUAGAGGUCACUUUAGUUGCAUGCAACUGUGUUUUCUCGGUGACCAAUGACAUUAUUUUGCAUUGCGUAAUACUAUGUCAAAUUUGCACUUUCUAAGCACUUGUGCUGCUGGCCGUUGUUCUCUUGGCUUGAGUUUUAUUGAUCACUGAAGUUUUUUGCGACCAAUGUAGCAAUGUAUAAAUGAACUGUAUCGAAUCAGGUAAAGAGCACAGAGAAUAAAAAGUCUAACUGUAUUUUACAAGAGGGAACACUGAUUAAUAGAAGUAACAGGAAGGUAUCCAAAGCAUGAGUGUCUCUGGGCUUCCUAAACCAAAACAAGAGUGAUUUGUUUCUAUAUUUCUGCUCUCUAGAGGCAGUGGGUCUCAACCACUGCAACUGUUUCAGCCUAAUGGUACCAGUCAGGCACGAAACUCGAUGGAGAGCCAAGAGCUGUGUCAUGUUGUUAUUCAAUGCUGUUCACCUGCUUCACUUCAGCUUUACUGGUGUAAACAAUGGUGUUUAUCUUUACCCUCCUCCCUUCUAAAACCAUUGGCAGAUUCUUCGAGUUUAU